CGUUUUGCUACGAUGUAAAGAAGGUGAAAAUGAAUUUUUAUCCUAAAUUCUUCUUCCUAACUUGCGGUGCAUUCAUUGUGAUAAUUUUCAUGAUUACCCAGUCCAAGGAUGAAGAAGUUGGUGAAGCUGAAACAAUAGAUCCCCUAGUUAAGCACAUUCUCCUUCAUGAAGUUCCUGAAUGGAUGACGAAAGUUCCUCUGGACAGGCCAAAGGGAAAAUGUAUUGUAACGCACAACCCGAAGUAUCUGCCAAAAAUUGAAAUGUUCGAUGCUGUGCUGUUCAGUGGUCAGAAUCACAGGAGAGUAGGAUGGAGUUUCCCUAAAGUUCGAUCUCCGCAUCAGUUUUAUGUGUUUGUUGAACUGGAGUGUCCUCUGGUGUCAUUUCAUAAAUUUUCAAUUGAUCCUAGGAAGGAGUUGUACAAUCUCACCAUGACUUACCGAAGAGACUCCGACAUUUACUGGCCAUACGGCUUUAUCUCAGAUCGAAAUUUAACGUACCUCAGUGCAGCUGAUGAGCCAAAUUGGCGGAAACCUGUCUUUGAUGAUCAAAUUGAUCCUGAACUUAAGGAGAAUAUCAGGAGAAAGAACAAAACUGCUGCGUGGUUCGUUUCAAAUUGCAAUGCAGAGUCCAAUCGAACUGAUCUAAAUCGGAUUAUGCAAACAAUCAUAGACGUUGAUGUUUAUGGAAAAUGUGGAUCCUUAGAAUGUCCUCGUGAUAAAAAAGAUAAUUGCUACAGGCUCGUUGAGCAACACUACUUCUUCUACUUCUCAUUCGAAAAUUCCCUCUGCAGAGACUACAUAACAGAGAAGGUCUUCAACAUUAUGAGCUACGACGUAGUUCCAGUAGUCUAUGGUGGUGCAAACUACUCACAACACCUUCCUCCGCAUUCCUACAUCGAUGCAAAUGACUUUGCCACUGCAACGGAUCUCGCAAAGUACCUAAAAAGCCUCACAAGGAACCCAAAAGAGUACGUCAAGUACUUCUGGUGGAAGAAGUACUACAAAACAGUUGUUAGGAGAGUCUUUGACAAUCUCUGUGAUAAACUCUAUGAGCUUCAGAAUGAUAAGAAAAGUAUUGAAAAUAUUAAGAGUUGGUGGGAGACUAAUCAAUGUAAAAACUCUAGAAAAAUUCGUUUUAUUUAACAGAAUAAAUUAAGUUGAACAUA